GGCUCUCGGUGCAGACGGAACAAAACAGACGGUGGUUCCGUGCGGGAGCUGCUCCUCGGUCUGUUUUACAAUCUCGUAGUGGAAGAUGGGGGAGGCAGACGUGACGCUGAACCAGACCGACGAGAAGCCUCCGGACUCGGGGCUGGUUACCGGAGAGGACUCGGUGGUGUGGAGCCACGAGGUGGAGGUCUGUCUGUUUCACGCGAUGAUCGGACACAAACCCGUCGGAGUGAACCGUCACUUCCACAUGAUCUGUAUCAGAGAUAAGUUCAGCCAGAACAUCGGCCGUCAGGUUUCCUCCUCCGUCAUCUGGGAUCAUCUGGGAACCAUGUACGACAUGCAGGCUCUGCAUGAGUCGGAGAUCUUACCGUUUCCGAACACGGAGAAGAGUUUCUCUCUGCCUGAUGACAUCAUCCAGGAGGUUAAAGAAGGGAAGCUGGGCUCAGAGGAGGAGGCCAAAGAGGAGUUCAGGAUGGAGAGAGAACCUCCAGCCACACAUGAAGAAGGAAGUAACUCCUCGGUGAAGAUGUCGGAGCGAACGAGCAGCAGCCGGGACAAAGAGAGAGAGCGAGACAAGGAGAAGGGAGGGAGUGAAGGAGGAGGAGGAGGAGGAGGAGGAGGAGGAGCGAAGGAGGCAGAGAAGAGGAAGAGGAGUCGAGCGGCCGAGAAACUGCUGUCGUCUUCCAACCCGGCGAGUCCAGGAGGAGUGAAGAGGAGACGCACCUGAGAGACGGACAGAGAGGGAGGGGGAGGGGGAGGGAGGAGGGGGAGGGAGGUGAUGGGACUGUGAAAGAAUGAAAAAUAAAUGAGUGAAAAAGAAGAGAAGAAGAAGAAGGUGCCGUCAGAUGUCAGCCUCUGAUCGCCACCGACAGGAAACAGCUGCAGCGACGUCGUCUGAGUGAAAACAUUAACCUCCCUCCACGGCUUCUCUGAUUGGCUGCUGCACACCUGUCAUCAUGUGAUCACAGUGAGAGGAAGUGACACGCCUGGGCGCCGCGGCCUUUUCAUUUUUUUUUGUUUUUAUCACGUUGUUGUAUUAGACAGACGGCGUCUGUGUUUUACGUCUUGUGUGUGUUUGUUUUGUUCCCCUCCACCUCUGCUUUGAUCCGUCACACACCUUCAAACAUUCACAGCAAUAAGCUUCAGAACAGGAAGUCACUGACCCAACGUCUCCGGACGCAGCAGAACCAGAGGCUUCGUCUCUAACUCCACACAUUCUGCUCUCUCUACGUUUCCCACAAUGCAGUGGGACCAGUGACAGAGGUUUGGGUGUGUUGGGGUAGUGGGUUUUUUUUUACCUGUCAGCCUGGAGAGGCUGAUCCUGAUCAGACCUGAUCCACGCUGACUCAGGUGAGGACCUUUAUCAGGACCGGCCCUGUGAUGGUCUGAGUGGCUGAACAGAGUCCUGCUCCGUCUUUGUAGAAAACUUUAUUGUCCUGAGGCGUCAGACAGCUUGGUUAUUGGCAGUGUUGCUGCAGCGUAGUGUUUGUUAGACUGUGAAGCAGGAGGUCGGGUUUUACUGGGAGCAGAGAUGAGACUGGUUCAGGUCAGAGUCCAGCUGAUGUUUGACAGCAGCUCAGAGACACAAACAUCAGACUGUAGAUGCAGUAAGUGCUGUCAGCUGAGUCCUCGUGUUCAGCAGCUUGGUCUUCGGUCUUCGUCUGAAUCUGUCUCCUCUCGGCUCCUGUCGCUCAGCUCGACGUUUCCUGUUUCUUUAAACCGUGAAAACAAAACGUUCCCUUUCAUUUUCUUUUUUAACGAGGUGUUAAUUUAUUGAUGAUGAGCUGAUACAUGAGGCUGUUUGUGUCAUUAAAGCUGAACUCAGAUCA